GGAAGGCGCGGUGGCGGGAAUGGUGGUGGUGGUGGCGAUGACGGCGGGAGCGGCGGGAGUGGCGGCGGCUCGGUCGGCUCGCGCAUCUCGGUCUGCGUCCGCAAGCGGCCCAUGAACCGCGGCGAGGAGGGCCGCGGCGAGAAGGACAUUGUGUCUGUGCUCGAGUCCGAGUCUGUGGUGGUGGUGCACGAGCCCAAGGUCAAGGUUGACAUGACCAAGUACAUCGAGGAUCACGAGUUCCGCUUCGACGAGGUCUUCUACGAGGGCGCGUCCAACGCCGACGUGUACGCGCGGACGGCCAAGCCGCUGGUCAAGACCAUGUUUGGCGGCGGAAAGGCGACGUGCUUUGCCUACGGCCAGACCGGGUCAGGCAAGACCUACACCAUGUCCGGCACCAACAACGACGGCCUUUACAUGCUCGCUGCCGAGGACAUUUUUGCUCAGCUUGAGAGCCGCGGGGCACGGGCCAAGUCCGAGUACACCCUCUGGAUCUCGUUUUUUGAGAUCUACGGCGGCGUGCUGUACGACUUGCUCAACGACCGCAAGAAGCUCGUGGCGCGCGAGGACGCCAAGCGGCGGGUCGUUAUUGUCGGCCUCAACGAGAACGAAGUGCAGUCGGUCGACGAGUUCCUUGAGCUAAUGGCGUACGGCAACGCGGUGCGGUCGACGGGCGCAACAGGCGUCAACGCCGACUCGUCUCGCUCGCACGCCAUCCUGCAGAUUGUGCUCAAGGCCGGGCCGCCCGACGGCCAGCGGCCGGUUGGCAAGCUCUCGUUCAUCGACUUGGCCGGCUCGGAGCGCGCCGCAGACACCACCAAUAACGACCGCCGCCGCCGGAUGGAGGGCGCCGAGAUCAAUAAGUCACUGCUGGCUCUCAAGGAGUGUAUCCGCGCGCUCGACAUGGAAAAGGUCCACACGCCGUUCCGCCAGUCCAAGCUCACCCAGGUGCUCAAGGACUCGUUUGUCGGCUCGACGUCGCGGACGGUCAUGAUUGCCACUGUCUCGCCCACCAACUAUGCUGCCGAGAACACGCUCAACACGCUCCGCUACGCUGACCGCGUCAAGGAGCUGCGCUCCAAGGGCGGCGGGCCAUCGGGCCCCUCGGCCGACCGCUCCACCUACCCGUACACUUCCGGCAAGGGCGGCGGCGGCAGUGGCUCGAGCGGAGCCGGCGGCGGGCGGCGGGCGGUCGCCGGCAAGGGCGCCGUCGCACGGACGUCGGCGGGCGGUGGCGCGCCUGCGGCGUCGUCGUCGGCCGUCGCGUCUGCCCGCCCACCGCACGACGUGGAGGAGCUCGUCGACACCCACGCCGAGCUCGUCUCGCAGAUCCUGCAAGAGAAGGAGGACCUCAUCCUUGCCCAUCGCCAGCAAAUCGAUGACAUGAUGGAGGUGGUCAAGCAGGAGAUGCGGCUCCUGCACUCGGUCGACCAGCCCGGCUCGGUCGUCGACGAGUAUGUGGCCCAGCUCGACGGUCUGCUCGAGUCCAAAAUGCGCAUCAUCCGCGCGCUCUCCGGCCGCCUCUCGCGGUUCAAAGACCAGCUCGAGCGCGAGGAGACACUCUCCAAGUCGCUCGAGCGCUCGCUGCCGCCGCCGUCGUCGCAGGCUCGUGGCAGCGACCGUGAUCGCAGCAGCGACCGGUCACGGCGGCGGCGCAAGUAA